CGAUAAAAGGAAUGUGAAAUAGCAGAUGGUUCAAACUAAGUUAUCUGGUGUUACACAGCACGACCUCAAUUGUAUCAGUUGUUUAGGAAGCCACAGAGAAGAUGUUUGUCCAGCUUCUCCUUGUGCUGCUGGUCCGGCAUUCUACUGGCCUGACAGCUCCUGUCACCCUCAAGAACCACUGGAGUGGAGGGUUCCAGGGAAAGUUCUGCAUACCCUUCACCAUGGACGUCACUUCCUGGAAAGCCCACAUCCGGUUCAGUGAACCCUUGUCAUCGCUGGAGAUCUGGCUGGGUGACAUUGAGUCUAAGAGUGCAGAUGGAAAGGAAUUCGUGGUGGUGAACAAACCCUUCGACGGAAACGAACAUGUGGGGGAUGACCUCUGUAUCGACUUCCUCGGCCACGGCAGCGGCGACAUCACCCCCAACGUGACUGUUGUAGUUGAUAAUAUGCCCGAUCCCACCACACCGCCGUCAACUACCACCACUACACCGACUCCCACGACGACGAGGACACUGGGACCUGGAGAAACAUGGCCCCCGACAACGACACCACCGUCUACGACCACUGGCCUCCCGGCACUGCACGUCCCCCACAACAGGACGGCCAAGCUGGACCUCAUGCAACAUCACGGGGAGAACUGGGAGGGGCGCUUCUGCUUCGACCUCAAGGAAGAGAUUGUUGCAUGGGAGCUCGUUAUGGACUUUACGGUAGCUGUCAAGGAGAUAACUAAUUUCGAGGGCGACUUCACCCAGCCAACCACUUCCUGCUCCAAACAUCUGACGGUAGUGAACAAAAGGUCCAAGGGCGUCCACUACGCCGGCGAACACUACUGCAUCAGAAUGAUGGGACACGUAUGUGAGGACAAGGACCCUGACGGCACCGCCGUCCUCGUAGACCUCACAAACGACGCACAGACGUUGCCACGACUACCCGUUGUAACAGGAGCCCAGAAAACCAAGUACAACUAUGCUGAGAUCCUGAUGAAGUCCAUCUUGUUCUACGAGGCUCAGAGAUCCGGGAAACUCCCCCCUGACAACAGGAUCCCAUGGCGAGCUGACUCCGCCCUCAACGACAAGGGGGCCAACGGCGAAGACCUCACUGGAGGAUGGUAUGACGCCGGAGAUAACGUCAAAUUCAACUACCCCAUGGCGUUCAGCACGACCCUCCUGACGUGGAGUCUCAUCAGGUACAAGGACGCCUACGAGAAGACAGGUCAACUGGAGGACAUGUACAAGUGCAUCAAGUGGCCGCUGGACUACUUCAUCAAGUGCCACACUAAGCCUGAUGAACUGUAUGGACAGGUUGGAGAUGCUGGUGUGGACCACGGCUCCUGGACCAGCCCAGAGCGUAUGACGAGCCGAAGACCUUCCAUGAAGAUCGAUCCCGCAAACCCUGGUUCGGACCUGGCCAUGGAGACAGCCUCGGCUAUGGCUGCUGGUUCUAUAGCCUUUAAACUAAAAGACCCCGCCUACUCGGCCACCCUGCUGAAACACGCCAAACAGCUGUUUGAGUUCGGGAAGGCUCACCAGGGGAAAUACAGCAACAGCGUACGUGGGGCCCAAGGAUUUUACACAUCUCAGGACUACGAGGACGAGAACAGCUGGGGAGGUGUGUGGCUAUACAUGGCUACUGGAAACCAGACCUACCUGGACUAUGCAGAGCAACACUUCGUGAACAAAACAGCCUGGGGAUUCUCCUGGGAUGAGAAGAUCGGCGGUGCCAAUCUUCUGCUGUAUGAGGCCACAAAUAAGUCCAUGUACAAGAGGGUGAUCGUGGAUACAUUCGUCUCCUGGUUCCCGGGUGGAGAUAUUCCCUACAGCCCUAAAUGCAUGGCCUUCCGUCUGGAGUGGGGCGCCCUGAGAUAUGCCUCCAAUACGGCAUUCCUAGCUUUGGUUGCUGCGGACGAUGGAAUCAAUGCGGAGUCAUACCGGAAGUGGGCAAUGACGCAGCUUCAUUAUGCAUUCGGCGACGCCGGAAGGAGCUACAUCGUUGGCUUUGGCGUGAAUCCACCUGAAAGACCACAUCAUCGCGCCAGUUCCUGUCCCAACUUACCGGCGCCAUGUGACUGGGAGUCUCAGACCAACAAGGGCCCCAACCCCCACACGCUGUACGGCGCCAUGGUGGGCGGCCCCGGCAAAGACGACAGCUACAAAGACGACAGAAAAGACUACGUCAAGAACGAGGUGGCGUGCGACUACAACGCCGGCAUGCAUGCCUCUACUGCAGUUCUUAUGCAUUUGGCUCUCGAAAACGAGCUUCCAACAUCAUACAAGGAGAUCUGCCCCUAGACGGUGCUUCCAAGAAAGGACAUCUCUUCGCAACACUAUGAACACUGAAUACAUAAUUCAUAAUAUCAAUUCGUUUGAGUCAAGUGACGUUGUGAAUUACGACAUUUAAAGUAACUUAGGACAAACUGAAACACUGACUUUCAUGUACAUAUUUAACAAUUAUGUUGUCAUAAGAUGUGCACCAGAAAAAUCAAUGAUAAAAAAUUGGAAUAUUG